AACAACAUUAUGACCUCGUGCAUUAACUUUUCUUGCCUGAUAAUAGCGUUGUUAUUUAUAUUCGGAGUAUGUCCAGGCACAGGUGAGAUAUGCACCAAGUCGAUUUGUGAAUACGAGUUUGAUAUUCGUGAAACAAGAAGCAUGAUGUACAGACUUGAUGUUGAUCACGCGUAUCAAGUAAGAGUCGACGAUGAUGGUGUGUUAAAACUACAAGAAACCUCCUUUCACAGGACUGUCCCUAACAUUACAGUGCCAUUGGAUAACGUCCAUACAGCGGACGGUUAUAACAAGACAAUUAUUACCAUCAAUGACCAGUUUCCUGGACCAACCAUAGAAGUCUUAGAAGGAGCUGAGCCGACGUCUGGUUGUACCACGUGCCCCAUUGGUUCAAAGUCCGUCUACGUGGGGUCUCACGCCUUGUUCACGUGCGUGUGA